UGAGGCAUAAAGAAAAUGCCCGAGCUCCAUCAUUUUCUCAUGGAGCGAUGGGGUCUGUACCACAACUUGGAGUAUGAUUCAUCGGAGGAGAAGAAUCCCCGCCUGAUAUUCUAUAACGAAAAGGACGAGGUUGUAAAGACUGUUCCCGUGAAGAAAAUGAAGGCCGACGAGAUCAGCAGCCUGUUAGACUCGCUGGGUUUCUACAAGAGGUCCCAGAAAGGGGAAGAGGUGCCAGAGGAGUUCCAGCAUUUCCCCCUGCGCGCCCCCAGGGACGAGCUGUGACGACACCUUGUGGCCAAACUCUGCCGCUGCACCCUGGUCAGAUUAAUGACGUGUGGCGCUCCAAGGCCAAAAAAACAAUAAGGCCAGGCACCAUUCUGAGGACCUGCUGGCCGGGUGCCGUGUGCAGGGUGUUAGUCAGUGCUGUGUCAUUCUGUCAAUAUGCUGAAUUUAGAUUUAAAAAAAAAAUACCACAAUAAAUGAAUCAAUGGAUAA